AUGACGACAUAUGAGGAGUUUAUUCAACAAAACGAAGAUCGAGACGGCAUUCGCUUUACAUGGAACGUUUGGCCUUCGAGUCGUAUUGAUUCAACGCGCCUCGUCGUUCCACUGGGAUGCCUCUAUCAGCCGCUGAAAGAACGACCGGAUCUUCCCCCGAUCCUGUACGAUCCGGUCAUUUGCACUCGCACGACGUGUCGAGCGAUAUUAAACCCCCUGUGUCAGGUAGACUAUCGCGCGAAGCUUUGGGUGUGUAAUUUCUGCUUCCAGCGGAAUGCCUUCCCAGCACAGUAUGCAGCGAUAUCUGAGCAACACCAGCCGGCGGAGUUGGUGGCGGGGUACAGCACUAUCGAGUACACGAUCACUCGUGCCCCGUGCAUGCCGCCGGUUUUCCUCUUUGUUGUCGACACGUGCAUGGACGAGGAAGAGCUGACCGCACUGAAGGACUCGUUGCAAAUGUCGCUAAGUUUACUUCCUGCAAACGCGCUUGUUGGUUUGAUCACGUUCGGCAAGAUGGUGCAAGUGCACGAAUUCGGUACGGAGGGUUGUUCGAAGAGCUAUGUGUUUCGCGGCACUAAGGAUUUAUCCGCGAAGCAAAUACAGGACAUGCUCGGAAUCGGACGCGGUCCUGGACCACAGCAAGCAGGCCAACAGCAGCAGGCGAUGCGUGGUGCAACAGCACCUGUUCCGCCAGCCAAUAGAUUCUUGCAACCGCUGCACAGGUGUGACAUGGCGCUUACUGAUUUGCUCGGAGAAUUACAGCGCGAUCCUUGGCCAGUGCCCCAAGGUAAACGGUAUCUUCGCUCAACCGGAGCAGCACUCUCUAUCGCGGUAGGUUUGUUGGAAUGCACGUACCCCAAUACCGGUGGUCGCAUUUUGCUGUUCGUCGGCGGUCCCUGCUCACAAGGCCCCGGUCAAGUGGUCGAUGAUGAGCUGAAGCACCCGAUCCGCUCGCAUCACGAUAUUCAGAAGGAUAAUGCGAAGUUUAUGAAGAGAGCGAUCAAACAUUACGAGGCACUCGCCCUCCGUACCGCCACAAACGGUCACUGCAUUGAUAUUUAUUCGUGUGCCCUCGAUCAGACGGGCCUCAUGGAGAUGAAGCAAUGUUGUAACUCAACCGGUGGUCACAUGGUCAUGGGUGAUUCAUUCAACUCCUCGCUGUUUAAGCAAACGUUUCAACGCGUCUUCGCCGGUGACGAGAAGAAUGAGCUGAAGAUGGCGUUCAACGGAACACUGGAAAUUAAGUGCUCGCGUGAGUUGAAAAUUGAAGGUGGCAUUGGAUCAUGCGUUUCCUUGAACGUAAAGAAUGCCUCCGUGUCGGAUACGGAGAUAGGCAUGGGUAAUACGGUACAAUGGAAACUGUGCACCAUGAGUCCCAACACGACGAUGGCAUUCUUCUUCGAAGUCGCCAAUCAGCACGCUGCUCCGAUACCGCAGGGUGGCCGUGGUUGUCUCCAAUUCAUCACACAGUAUCAGCAUUCCAGCGGUCAGAGACGCAUUCGGGUCACAACCGUCGCACGGAGCUGGGCUGAUGCCACUGCAAACCUGCACAUGAUCAGUGCAGGCUUUGAUCAGGAGGCUGCGGCAGUCCUCAUGUCACGUAUGGUCGUGUAUCGUGCGGAAUCGGACGACGGACCGGAUACGCUUCGUUGGAUCGAUCGACAGUUGAUUCGUUUGUGUCAGAAGUUUGGCGAGUACGGCAAAGACGAUCCGAACAGUUUCCGGUUGGCGGAGAACUUUUCGCUGUUCCCACAAUUCAUGUAUCAUUUGCGUCGGUCGCAGUUCUUGCAGGUGUUCAAUAACAGUCCGGACGAAACGACUUUCUACCGUCAUAUGCUGAUGCGAGAGGAUCUUACACAAUCGCUGAUAAUGAUCCAACCCAUCCUGUACUCGUAUUCAUUUAAUGGACCCCCGGAACCGGUUCUGCUAGACACUUCGUCCAUCCAGCCCGAUCGAAUUCUGUUGAUGGACACAUUUUUCCAGAUUCUCAUCUUCCAUGGUGAGACCAUCGCGCAAUGGCGCAAAGAUAAAUACCAGGAAAUGCCCGAGUACGAAAACUUCAAGCAACUACUGCAAGCCCCUGUGGAUGAUGCACAGGAAAUUCUGCUGACUCGCUUCCCAAUGCCGCGAUACAUCGAUACCGAGCAGGGUGGAUCGCAGGCUCGGUUCCUCCUGUCGAAGGUUAACCCUUCGCAAACUCACAAUAAUAUGUAUGCAUAUGGACAGGUAAGUUCUAAAAUCAAAACCGACGGUGGAGCCCCUGUUCUUACGGAUGAUGUAUCGCUACAAGUAUUCAUGGAGCAUUUGAAAAAAUUGGCUGUUUCGUCGACAACUUAAACACCGAAUAGUCGGAUAGGCACCAUUUCCCGAUGGGUUUCAAUUGAACGAUCAAUUAAAUCCACUUUCCCAGCGUACAUCAGGGCAGGGAUAUUGUGGAAUAAAAGAGCUCCCAUUCUGUUGGCUGGACCGUGUAUAACACCGGAGAUUCAUAGUGCAGUUUCAUCAAUAGUUCAGCUUUGUGUAAUGCUAGCGGAUUUAUGAAGUUACAGUAGGACAUAAGAUAAACGCAAACAAAUUUUUGUUCGGUUGGAUAGUUACAAAUUAUAUAACACAAUAGUAUAAUAGAUCCUAUAAGAAUAUAACAUGUAUUUCUCAUAAUAAUUCAAAUUUUCG